GCAAAAGCCGAGAGACGGCUUUUCCCUCCCUGAAUCUCUUCCCAGGAGAAAAUUUCCCGGAAAAUCUCAACUCUCACAAUAGGGGGGAAAAAUGGACGGAAAGUUAGAAAUCUCGAUCGACAAGCGGCUGCAGGCCAUCGAGCAAAAUUGCUCCGAACGCUUCCCGACGUACGCCGUGGGCGGAGGAGAGGAACUGAAUGCUGUGCCAGUUGACCUACUGGCCGUGCGCUACUUAGAUUACAGCUUCUGCUCUUCUCUCGACUGACAAAACUGGAAAUUUUUGCUUGUAUGAAUAAGCCAUAACUACCUGAUGACCAGCUGCCUGUCCUUGCUGUAUCUACUGCGACCAAGCUACGAUGAUACCGGCAACUUGGCAAAUGCCUCAAGCAGUCUGCCAAAGCUUUGGAUCUGCAAGUGGCAAGAGAAGCAAUAUUUUAUGGUGCUUUAAUCAGGUUUAGACUCCAAUAAAGAUCGUAGUAAGACAGCCAGUAAAAUCAGAACCAAUUCGUCAAUUGAGCAUAUAUCAAAAGGAACCGAGAAAGAUUCUGUUGACGGCAAUGGAAGUGUGAAAGGAACACAUUCUCUGCUCCGUGAAGUUCAUCAAGCGAUCUUUGACAAGCAGGUAUUUGAUACAGUGAACCGUGAAGCAGUUAACCAAUCUUUAGGAGUCAACAUAACUGGAAUUCGAGAAAACUAUCUACCGCUGAGCAUUGGUGCAGAAACCUCUGUGUUUGUAUCUUUUUCACCUUGUGGUCCAGGAUGAAUCAACAGCUUUUAUUGGUAGGAUCCCCCAGGAUUUGAAUCUGUAACAUCUGGGUUCAGCUGAAGAUGAAACAUUCCAAAGCACUUGGGUUUUCCCAAUUCUACUAGUUAUGAAAUAUACCUCCGCCAGAUAUUUCACGAGAAUGUUCUCAUGAAAGCAAAGGAGAAACCCGUUUGUACAGGCACUCGCGUACAUACUCCCCGAGUGAAGGAUGAGCCCAGUCUUCUCAGUCACUUCUGCUUAUCUCUGGCUCAUAGAACACUUUCAAACAAAGUUCUUAUGGAGCUAGAAAAAGUGGUUUGCAGAGUCCCGUAUCUCCAUUUUAUAUCUCAUCCCACUUGGCAUUCCAGGACAUCUUUAUGGACGAUCUUAAUGAGAGUACCGCCAACCAUUCUCUAUGCAAAUUCUCCAUCACAGUCCUCAGACAUCCAAAACAUGAAGAGUACUGUUAUUAAAUCUGAGUUUCGAAACAAGGUUAUGGUGAAUGAUGAUCACAUCCACAUUGAAGCAGAGGGUGCUCCCAAUGUUGUUGGUCUCUUCGAUGGGAGUUCUAAAGAUAGAUGCAUGACCAAAAAGUAUGAUUGCGAUUUGGUCGAUCUUCCUGUCACAAUUCUGCAGCAGGUUGCAAGCCAGGUAAUCCGCUGGCUGCACGAGGAAGCUCUCGGGGUGGGAACUAAGGCAACUCGGGGUUUCUUAUGCUUGUCUUUUGAGUUGGAUCAAGGCGAAAUACUCGGCCUGGUCGCCCAAGUAGACCCGGAAGACACACAGGGAUGCAUAUCUUGGUGGUUGGUCAUGGAUGAAAGUUUUGCAGAAGAGAGGAAACUCUAUGCUGAUGCCGCUGUAGAUGGAUCGUCCGAUCACCGGAAGUUCUUGGGGUAUCUUACCUUGGAUGUGUUGCAUUCAACCCUGAUGGACUUGGUCAGUUUGUGCAGUGGAGCAAGAGGUGGUGGAGGCCAUUAACAUGGUGUUUGUCAUAUAGAAGGCUCUGCUACAUAUCCAGAUGACUAAAUCUUGAAGCUAAGAACCCAUAAAAGAGAA